AUGAUUCCAGAUUGCGUCACCGGUCUCCCUCAUCUAACAGAUCUCAUCAUCCAAAAUUGCAGAAAACUGGUGUCAUUACACGGUCUUCCGCCUUCACUUUUAAAACUCGAUGCAGCUGAUUGUGGAUCGCUCAGAAGCAGACUAGUCCUAUUCAAUAACUGUUUGUCACUAGAUGAAGAAGUAGGAAGAGUAAUCAUACAACUAUGGGAUUACAAGUAUGUAUUCUUACCAGGCAAACAAGUCCCUGCAGGGUUCACUCACAAAGCCACGGGAAAGUCCAUAACCAUCUCUCAAGGGACUUUUUCUCUGUCAUCAAGAUUUAAGGCUUGCCUCUUGCUUUCACCAAACAUAAUGGUCCAGUUCGGUUAUGAUGUUAUUUGUCGUCUAAGAAGCAAAGGUGUUGUCAUCAAUGAACUUGUGCUUUCCGAAGAAUCACGGCCUUUUCAACUGUAUCCACAACUCCUAACAGAGCACAUGUUAGUAUUUUCUGGGGCCCUGUUUAAAGAACACAAAUGCGUUGAAGUGGACACGACUAAGAGCGAGAUUCUAUUUGAAUUCAUGUGCGAUGAAAACAUUAUUGAGUGUGGUGUACAGAUCUUGGCGGAGGAAAGUGAAAGUAGCAGCAGCAAAUGGACCGAGGAGAGUGAUGGAGCCGUUGAGUUUUCGAAAGAUGAAAGUGUCGUGAAAAGCAGCAAGAAUACAGGUUGGCUUAGUAAGCUUGGUCUGAAAAAAGAUAAAUAA